GGCCUUAGGCAUCUUCUAAGGAGAGUCAUGGCACACAACCAGGAGACUCUAGCCAAGACCCCUGUCAUCAAAUUCAAGGGCCAAGACUUCAACUUCUUGCGGAAUCAUUGCCUAAGCAGAGGUCUGCUGUUUGAGGAUGAGACCUUCCCUGCGGAGACUUCCUCCAUAGGUCUGCAACUUCUCCAGGGAAAAAACCUCUCCAGACUGAUGUGGAGACGGCCAAAGGAUAUAUUAGAGGGUAAAUCAGAACCUCACUUCAUCCUGGAAGGUGCAAGCAGAUUUGACAUCCAACAAGGAGAGGCCGGAGAUUGCUGGUUCCUGGCAGCACUGGGCUCCUUGACACAAAAUCCACAGCACCUGCAGAAGAUCCUGAUGGACCAAAGCUUUUCAUGCCACUACGCAGGGAUCUUCCGUUUCCGGUUUUGGCAGUGUGGCCAGUGGGUUGAAGUGGUGGUUGAUGAUCGCCUGCCUAUCCUCAACAGGGAAUAUCUCUUUGUGCAUCCCCGCAACAACAACCAAGAGUUUUGGCCCUGCCUGCUGGAGAAAGCUUAUGCCAAGUUUCAUGGGUCCUAUCUCAACCUGCACUACGGCUUCCUUCCUGAUGCCCUGGUGGACCUCACAGGAGGGGUGGUCACCGGCAUCGACCUGCACUCCUUUCCUUCUGACCUGGUGAUGAUACUGAAGACAGCAGCCAAGGCAGGCUCCCUGGUGACCUGCGGCACCCCGGCCUCGCCAACAGGUGAGGCCAGGAGAAUGGAAGACGGCCUGGUGAGUCAGCAUGCCUACACAGUGACCGGAGCCGAGCGGAUUCAGUACCGGGGGAGCUGGGAGGAUCUUAUCCGCCUGUGGAACCCCUGGGGCAACACGGAAUGGAGAGGGCGCUGGGCAGACAGGUCGCCAGAAUGGCAGGAAACCCACCACCAAUGGAGAAGACUGCUGUAUGAGAAUAAGGACGAUGGCGAGUUUUGGAUGUCAUGUCAAGAUUUCCAAGACAACUUUUCCUGCCUAUACGUAUGUAACCAAUUUCCAGUCAGUCUAAACCAUGGAAACAUGCCUCCUGAAAGAUGGUCCCAAAUGAUGUUUAAGAACCAUGCAGUUCCAGGAAACACCACAGAAGAACUUCUGAGGGACACGCAGUUCAUCUUCUCUGUGCCAGAGAGUAUGGAAGACAACAAUGUCGUCAUGUCCUUCAACAUCAUGCCGCAAAAUUUAAAGGCAAAAGAUGAGAAAUUUCCACUCACCUUCAAGGUAUUCAAGGUCGACCUUCAGUUCCAGCCCUUCUGGAAGAGGUUGCCACCCACCUUCUUUUCUCAAUUCAGAAAUGCUGUCAAGGGCAUAGUUUCUAAAACCAAGUGCAACCUCACAAAGUACUUCAGUCUGAGCCCUGGGACCUACGUGGUGGUCAUCGCCACAUACAGAGAAGUUGAGUUUUUGCUCCGGAUCUUCCUGAAAAUGCCAGAUGGCGACAGGAACCCAAGCAGCAAUUUCAGCCUUACAACACUAAAGGCAAGCCUUCUGGAAAAUGGCUCCCAAGGAAGCAUCUUCCACAAAUACGCUCACCAGGGGCUGGACAUUGAUGCAACCCAGCUUCAGAGCCUUCUCAACCAAGAGCUCCUGAUAGGAACUCCCGGGGACACCUUCUCUUUGGAUGAGUGCCGGAGCAUCGUGGCCCUGAUGGAUCUCAAAGCGAAUGGGAGGCUUGAGCAAGAGGAGUUUUCAAGGCUGUGGAGCCGUCUUGUCCAGUGCCAGAGUGUUUUCCAGAACAUCCAGAAACGUUCCGGAGUUUUCCUGAGUGAGGAUUUGUGGAGGGCUAUAAAGGAUGCAGACUUCCUUGCAGGGACCUCCGUCAGCAAUGAGCUUCUGGAUCUCAUGACCCUCCGGUACAGUGAUCACAGUGGCAGGGUCAGCUUCCCCAGCCUGGUCUGCUUCCUGUUGCGACUUGAAGCCAUGGCAAAGACUUUCCAGAACCUCUCCAAUGAUGGAAAAGGACUCUACCUGACAAAAAUGGAGUGGAUGAACCUGGUCAUGUACAAUUGAAGCAAGGAGUAAAGCAGACCCCAGAGUCCAGUAAAUCCAUCUCCUGUAUCCUGCAGACCAAAGACAUUCUUUUUGAGACGUGGAAGUCUGGAUUUGUCUGUAGCAAGGUGAAACUCCUUACCUGCUUUGGCCAACAUACACCUGGAGAUGACUAUAGAACCUGGGGUAUCCAGCCUUCCAGAUCUGGCCUUUUUUUUUAGUUUUUUUAUUUAUUUUGAAAGAGAGACCAUGA